CAGGAAACCUCUCACACUGGAGCAGCUGUGGUCUCUGUCUGGACCAGGGGUCGGCAACCUUCACAAUCAAAAGAAUAAAUAAAAAAUCUGUCUGGAGCCACAAAGCAUACUUAAACCUUAUAAUAGCCACAGGGAGACACUAGAGAGGGGCUAAAGAGCAGCCCGGGGCCUCAGGUUGCCUCUCCGUGGUCUGGACUCAUCCUCCACCCUCUGCAGACCUGCUCUUGAUGGUGACCUGCCUCAUCGGCCAUGGCAGGAUCUGGUGUUGCUCUGAGGCUGCACGAGUUCAGAGAGUCUCAGGACUCCAGACAGCUCGAUGGACCGACCACGUUAACACAAUCGUCUCAUCUGGGGAGAGACGUUCAUGGAUUGUAUCCAGGACAGCUGGGUAGAGUCCAUGUUGUCCACUCAAAGGAUUGUGGCUACAGUCUUCACAGCGGACGGUCUCAGUCGCUCUACAAGUCUCUUCAGUCUCCAAACCCUCUGUGUGAAAACUACCAGCAGAGUUUUGACGUCCGCACCCUGAGAGCGCUGGCUGUCCUCCGUCACCAUCCUGCUGUCCUGGAACAGCGCCCCCCUCAGACGGUUUACCAGGAACAGUUUGGUCUUCAGUCACCUCUCCUGCCUCAGUAGUUCAGCAUAUUGUGCUUUAAAGCACAGUGCAGGAAGAAGUAACUGUAGUAAUACUGCAGUAUAGAAAUACUCUGUUUCAAGUAAAAGUCUUGCAUUCAAAACUUUACUUAAAGGGACAGUUCACGCCAAAAUCAAAAAUAAACAUUUUUCCUCUUACCUGUAGUGCUGUUUAUCAGUCUAGAUUGUUUUACUGUGAGUGGCCCAGUGUCAGAGAUAUCUGCUAUAGAGAUGUCUGCCUUCUCCACAGUAUAAUGGAACUCAACGGCACCCAGCUUGUGAUGCUUACGAUGCCAAAAAAUGCAUUUGAAGAUGGUGACCGAAGAUGAGCACCAUCUAGUUCCAUUAUACUGGAGAGAGGUCAGACAUCUCUACGGCCCAUAUCUCUGACACUCGGCAAGUCACACCAAAACUAUCUAGACUGAUAAACAGCACUACAGGUGAGAGGACAAAUACAUAUUUUUGAUUUUGCGGUGAACUGUCCCUUUAACCACGGUCAUCUUUGACAUUCUUUUUCACGCAGGAUUUACUGUAAAGACACCUCAGGUUUCCCUGCAUGUUGAUAACAUCUGCAUGAGCUUGUUUCAUGUAACUCAGGUAUGUGACGUGUUCACACAAAGAGCUCUUUGUCCAUUUUUUUUUAAACAACGUGGAAGCUUGUUUACAACUUUGCACAAAUAUUUGAUGAGACAAUGCUUCAUUUUAGAAUUUAUUUAUUUUGGCCUGCAAAUAGAAAUAAGAACAUCAUGUAUUAAUCUACAAAUUAAUGUAAAUAAAGUCACAGCCUCUCACUGAAAAUGGCAGAUACUUAUUUACUCACUACAACUGUUCAGGUAAUAAUCGUUUAUUGCUCUGUACAUAAUUUCAGCUGUAGGAAAGUUGACCAAAUCUUCAAAUUCAAGAGUCUUUAGUUUAAUAAAUAAUGAGUUAGUUGGUUCUCUGUAUGACGUUUUGUUCACAAUUCUUGUGGCUUUCUUUUGAAGUAUGAAAACUAGAUUUGUAUUUGUUUGAUAUGUAUUUCCCCACACUUCCACACAAAAAAUAAUGUAUGGCAGAAUGAACUAACAGUAUAAGGCGGAAUUUAUACUUCUACAACAUAGGCUCUGCGUUGACGUAGAGCCUAUGUUGUAGCCUGACGUGCACCUCCCCAGAAAUGUACUAUUUCUGUAAGCUGAAACCAUUUCCCUCAGUGGAUG